AUGAUAAAGAACUACUUUUGUAAUGUUAGUCAGCCAUCUGCCACCCAGAUAAUGUUACGUUCCUUUCGCUCAGUUGCUACUUUGGCCAACAGGAGGUUGUACUCUUUAAUAUCUCAUUCAAACAGGAAAAACAUUAUCAAAAACCUUCUAAUCCAUCCUUCUUUCGAUCCUAUUCGCCGCCAUUUGCCUGAAAAUAUAGCUACUUUUGACCCAUACUCUCUAUCGCAAAAUGUUAUCGAAAAUUUAAACAAAUUAGAAGUUCCUAAAGAAUAUGCGGCCGUGAUGCACAACUUAAUGAUAGAAAACUUAAGUGAUCUUGACUACAGUAUUGCAACAAUUCACUCUAAUAAUUUGCGUGAGCUUGAUAUAAAACCAUCACUUUCCGCCAUAAAGCAAAUUAUCAAGAACAAUCCGGGUAGAGUACAGAGUUCUUGGGAACUUUUCAUACAAUAUAAGGCUUCAAUUGAAAAUGUUCCUGAUGAAUUAAUUGAAGUGGUUUUAGAUAAAAUUAUCAAGUUUGACAAGGCUGAAAAAGUCGAUGGAAAAAAAAGCUUAACUCACCAAGAUCUCGUUAGAUGUCUCUAUUUAAUUGAGCACUUUUCCCCAAGUUAUAUUGUAUCUCCAAAUCUCAUAGAAUCUAUUCUUAUUUACGCAAUAGAUAACGGAAUUCCAGAUGUUUUAACCUCUGUGCUCAAUUAUAAGAUACCGUUGAACUUUUUUGAUAAGUAUGCUAAUGAAAUGACACCAUACCAAAUUUAUGAAAUUUAUAAUUAUUAUCCACUUAAUAACAUAAUAGCCGAUCCAAUAGUUCUGCAUAAGUGUAUAGCAGUCCUAGGUGAAAAAGAUAUGAUACAAUUAACUGAAGAAGAAAAAGAAAUUAUCGGCAAGAUGGAGGAAGAGAUAGAGAUGGUUAAAUUGCAGUGUCACGAUAAUUGGAGCUUUAAAUUUCCAGAGGAGAAUGCACGCAAAACAGAAACUGCAUUCAGAAAAUUGUUUUUAGAAAUUCAAGAAAAGAACGCAGACAAAAAGGAUUUAAAAUUAGCACUUAAGCUACUAAGAAUAACUGGAGCUUUUAAAGGAAAAAUUUCUUUAUUUUUUGAGUUGUACCACGAGUACCUCUUGAAAUUUGAAAACAAUGAAGAUGACUUAAUGUUUGAAGCGUUUUUAACGCUUUGCUGCGAGGGCUAUAGAACAGGUAAUGAAAAAAUGCUUCAGUAUUCAGAAGCUUUUAUUAAAGACAAUAUCGAUGGUAAACUUAAAAGUAAAGCUCAAAGUGUGUUAGUUGUCGCCAACGCGAGAACGAAUAUCGAUUUAUCUCUCAAGAUUUAUAACUCUAAUAUACCUAAAGCUAAAAGAGAUAAGGAUGCUUCCACAGACAUUGCAGAGAGUGAUGUACUAACUGAAUCGCUUAUUUUGGCUUUCUUAUCCAAAGAUGAUGCCGAUUUUGCAAGGGUUAUAUUUGAUGGUGCCCUAGGGGAGAAGGUGAUAUCAGGACCAACCGCUGCCAAAAGAAUAAAAAAGCUUUUGUUACAAUAUGGAGAGGCCUUAGAAGUUAAGAAAAGCAAAGAGGUUAUGCAAUCUAAGAUAGUACAUUAUAUGGAGAACGUGUAA